AUGGGAGCUGCUGGCGGUGGCUGGUCCAACGCGGCCAUCAAACAGGUUCCGGCCCCAGCUCGCAGGGCUUAUGUCUGGCUAGCCGUGAUUUGGGCCUCCUACUGUGGUGGUCUUCAUGGAUUCAAUACAGCGAACAUCUCGGGGACCAUGACUCUUAAGCCUUUUAUUAAGGACUUCGGGUGGACACACCUCUCUUCAAAACAAAUCUCCAACUACUCGGGAUGGGUUGUCUCGUCCAUGUUACUGGGUCAAAUCCUUGGUGUCGUGGUCUCUGGACCGUUGGGUGAGCGUCGUGGUCGAAAAUCUGUCAUCAUGUCCGCCGCCAUCUUCUACACAAUCGGUGCCAUCUUGAUGGGUGUCAACUUUGGUUCUCUGGCCGAGCUGCUGGUCGGAAGAGUUAUGUCUGGAAUCGGCUCUGGGCUUGGAAUGACCGUCGGCCCUAUCUACAUCUCAGAAGUCGCACCAACCGAAAUGCGCGGUAUGAUGACCACAUUUUACAACAUCAACAUCAUGAGCGGUGUUGCGGGAAGCUACUGGAUCAACUUUGCCUCGUAUGAACAUGUCUCGCCGCAGAAUAGCUGGCAGUGGCGAGCUACGCUGGUUCUUCAGUUGAUUCCUGCGAUUGACCUCUUCAUCGGCUUUCCCUUCUUCCCCGAAAGCCCUCGCUACUUGAUGAUGAGAGGAAGAGUGGAGGCUGCCCGACAGAGCCUUCUGGAAAUUCGCGGCCUCGAUGAAAACGAGAUUUAUUUUAGCCGUGAGUAUGACGAACUCAGAGGUCGGGUGGAUGCAACUGCCGAGAGUCAAUCUGCCUGGCAAUCCACCAAGUCACUGUUGAGUACAUGCAUGACUGAUCCCCCAACCCGCAAGAUGCUCUUAUUUGUCAUGAUCGUCCAAACAUUCUUCAUUAUGAGUGGUGGGAACUCGAUUACCUACUAUGCGCCGACCAUUCUGAAGUCAAUCGGUCUCAAAUCCAGUCAAGUCCUCUUGUUUUCUGCCGUUUAUGGUAUGAUCAAGGUUGCUAGUGUGCUGUUUUAUGCCUUCUAUCUGACCGAUCGCUUUGGUCGGCGGCCACUGUUGAUUAUCGGCUCAUCAAUGAAUAGCGUGUGUCUAUUCUACCUCGCAGUUUACCUAGGAGUCGCCGAUAUUUCUGGAUCUGCCAGUCCGUCGCCCGCAGCAUGGGUUGCAAUCGUUGCCAUCUGCAUCUUCGCAAUUGGCUAUGGAUUCGGAUGGGCACCUGUCUUCUCACUUACGGCUUCUGAGAUCUGCCCGACCUCGACACGAGGAACAGUAGUGACAAUUGCCUUCAUCUAUCAGAAUCUGCUGAACUUUGCCAUCACUCGUGGAUUCCCCAGCAUGACUGUGGACAUGCACGCGUGUGGCCCCUUCGCCCUGUUCACUGCUUUCACUGGUUGUGCCACGGUCUGGGUCUUCUUUGCUUUCCCGGAAUGCAAAGGACGCAGCAUGGAGAGCGCGGGAGCUUUGUUCUCUUUGCCUUGGUAUAAGAUUGGUUUUGUCAAAGCCCCAACUGCCGAGUACGAGGCCGCUGAGAGACAAGUAGACUUGGAGAAAGCAUCAUCUGCGGAGCACGAGGAACACGUUGUUGGAGAGGACCACAAAUCGGGCUAG